GCCCGGCCCGGCGGCGUGAUCCGCUGGCCCGGCAUCUCUCCCUCAGCCCGGUGUCCACCUCAGCCCCCGAGGUCGAGGGGGUAGCCCCCUCACCUCCCUCACAGAAGGGGGCUGAGGUCCGGCACGGGCAGCCGGCCACCCCUCAACCGCUAACGGCCGGUCUCGCCCUUCACUCCCCGGCCCUGGAGCCGACUCCAGUGCUUUCUCGCUCCCUCGACAGACUCUGACCGUCUGGCAUGGCCCGUACCAAGCAGACGGCUCGGAAAUCCACCGGCGGGAAGGCGCCACGGAAGCAGUUGGCCACCAAAGCUGCCAGGAAGAGCGCACCUUCCACGGGGGGUGUGAAGAAGCCCCAUCGCUAUAGGCCCGGCACGGUGGCUUUACGGGAGAUCCGGCGAUACCAGAAAUCCACGGAGCUGCUGAUCCGCAAGCUGCCCUUCCAACGCCUGGUACGGGAGAUCGCGCAGGACUUCAAGACCGACCUGCGUUUCCAGAGCGCUGCCAUCGGGGCGCUGCAGGAAGCCAGCGAAGCGUACCUUGUGGGCCUCUUUGAGGACACCAACCUCUGUGCCAUCCACGCCAAAAGGGUCACCAUCAUGCCCAAGGACAUCCAGCUGGCGCGUCGCAUCCGUGGCGAGCGGGCUUAGGGCAGCCAGCGCUGGGCGGUAGGAGAGAUUUGGGGUGGGAUGGAGG